CAAUUGAUCUUUCAUUGACCAUUUAAAUUGUAGACUGGCGCCAAAAUUGUAGGAAAAUAUUCCAUAUGGAAGUGCAAGACCGCAAGAGACUGAAAACUCAACACUCGGAACUGGAAUGGAAACUCAAAAAAGUUAUUAGAGAAAGCUCAGGAGAAACUGUUCUCCAUUUGCUGCCCAAUAGGUUGGAUUCUUCAUUUCACAACAUUGUCUGCAGUAUUUCAAAACACCAAGUGAAUAUUUAUGAUUGUGCCCACUUUGGGCAGAAUUUGGAUCUAUUUAUGGCUUUUCGUAGCGAACCGGGAGAAGAGUUUCUUUGUGGAGCUUGGGUCAAGGCAGAUGUUGAAGAGAGUGAUGCUCUGUCCGACAGCAUUUUAGCUGUUGGAUCUAAAUCAGGAAAAAUUCACCUGCUUAGUUUAGCCCAUUGCCAAGAGAUAGAAAAUAUUGAUGCAAGUGAAAUAGGUACUUCUAUCGUUGGAUUAGCUGGUUCAUCUUUACACGCAGUAACAUUUAUAUCGUGUUCCACUGAUGGCAAUGUAAAGAUAUGGAAGAGAAAGGGGAAUAUGUCCGUCUUACUUGGCAUCGUAUCCUUCCCUUCGGUCAUUGUAUCGUUUGCUAAUGACCACACUAUGUUGUUAGCAGGAAAGGAUCAUACUUUGAGAAAAUUUGAUAUUUCCAGCAUUUUGGAGUCGACUGCCUGUCGUCCAUUCCAUUUUCAAGUGAGUACUCUUACACUGUACUAUUUUUUCAUCUUUAUGCCAGAAAAGGAAGAUGACGGUCAAAUUGUAUUGAAGAAAAGCAACAUGUCGAAACUGUGCCAUUUUCAAGUGCUGCAUGACCAUCAGGUUAUUUGUUCGUUUACCGAUGGAGUAGUACUUCUUGUCGAUAUCCUUAGUGAAGAACAACUAAUGAAAUGGGAUAUCAACAAUUUUUCUAAAAGCGAUCCUUGUCGAUUCGGAAUUUGUCCUGAAGGAGAUUACUUUGUGGUGUCCAAUUCCAAUGGAGUUGUCUAUUUGUAUGAUAUCCCAACGGGAAAGAAGGUAAAUAUGGAGAAUAAGGAAAUACGACAGCAAAACUUUCACAACAAUUUAUAGAUUGAUAAAUUUCAAAAUGAAAGAAUGCGAAAAGCAUGUGGAAACGUUGUCUUUGGAACUUCAAACUCUAAUUUGAUCAUUUCCACCGACUGCAUUCUUUGGUUCUUUGUCAAGUCAUAACAUUUC